UUUAACAUAUGUCGGACUCGGACCAUUUGCAACAGUAUAUGAUGGUGUCACAUUAUUUUAAUUCCGUCUGUGGGCGGCACAUGAACUGUGUGUAGUUGAAUCGUAUUUCGCUGUGAAAACAGUUAAGAAUAAUAAUUAAAAUGCAUCGUAUGCAUGAUUUAGAGCUAUUUCCGGAAUACACAGUAACUCAGCUGCUAUUUAAAGAUCUAAAGAAUGCGGCAGAGUUGAGAAAAAUGGCAGUGAAUAGUGAAAUAAGAGGCGCUUUGAUUAACCCAACAAUGAUUGUGGAUGCAUUCCAGAUUCUGGUUGCCGCAAAUAAAGCGGUACAUCUGUACAAAAAUGGAAAAAUGAAGACCAGGAGUCUGUACUCUGAAAUAAUUUUUAAUCUAUCACCAACAAACAAUAUAUCUGAAGCUUUCAAAAGGUUUGGGAUCUCAGACACUGACAACGCUGUUUAUAUUGUGUUAGUACACAAUAAAGAAGAAACACUCAAUGUUGAUGACAUCAUCGCAAAGGUGGAUGGACAACAGAUCGAUGUUGAUCAAGUGUCUGAAUUGACUGAUGCUGCAAUAGUUAAAAAGCUAUACAAAGUUGCACCAAUGGAGGAAAGGUGUGGGAGUUUGUUGGAUGCUGUUGUGUGCAGGAUGGCCACAAAAGAUGUUGCAUAGUUGUUGGUCUUUCAACAAAUGUCUAUUUAUUUGACUCAUACUGAGUCUCCUGUGUUUUUAUGUUGUUGUCCUUUAUUAAAUAAAUAACUGGUAACAUAAAUGUAUCUUUAAAACACAUAUUGCAAGAUAUUGGUUUAACAGUAUUUUGGAAAAAUUUCAAAUGUUUAAAGACUGCUGACUAAAGUAUGAUUUAAAAAAAAUUUCAAUGGCACUUAGAAUGCCUUUACCUUUGGAUAUUCCCAAGCAAAUGCUUAAACUCAUUUAAAUUGACCUCGAUUGACUUUAAAAUCUUUAAUGCACCACUGAGGCAAAAAAUAUUAAUAAUAUUUGGAUAUAAAUGUGUCUUGUUUUGUGCACAUACUGGCUGGGCUCAGAUUGAUAUUACUGAUUUGAACAGAUAUAAAUUUAGGAGUAUAGUAUAAGGUAAAAGUAUUGUAUACUUCUUUUUGUUACAGUGUCAAUAUACAAAAGCAGAUGCAUAAAUAUAAUGUAAUCAUCCCUCUGAAUAACUUUUCCCCAAAAUUCCCAAGUCGACCAAACCCCAUAACCCCUAUCUCCCAAUUGGUAUAUUAAUUUAUAAAUAAUCUAAUAAGUGUACAAAAAACAAAUAUCUAAUUUACUUACUUUCAAAUUAAAGCAAGAACAUAAAAUGAAGAGAUUUACAACUGUUCUUUGAUUAAUGAAAUAGUAUCUUGCCAGCCUGAGAGCUUUCUGGGAAGCUCCAUAUUCGCAAAGUCCAAGAAAUAGUGCAUCCAUUAAGUGUGGAGGAGUAUUGUUUAACUUAAUAGAUAUGACAAUGGGGUAUGUCACCUACAAAUUGUUGUUACAGGAGCGUCAUAUAAGAGGGCAAAAUAAAGUUGCAGAUUUGACAGCAGUUGCAUGAUAAAUAAAGUUCCUUGAUAAGUAGAAGGAUGAUAAGCUAUGAAUGUCAAACAUGGAACAGCCAAACUUACAUUAUCUUCCAUGCAUCUACCAAAGUGUUUUACAAGAUAAUAACAUUUCAAUACUUUCUUAUGUAUUUAAGUGAUUUCUCAUCUAACAGUUCAUAUGUAAAAAAUACAAUAUUUGUAACAAAUUAAUUGAAAAUGUACAUUUUAUUGUUUUGCCCAUACAAGAAUAUUUAUAAAAACACCAGUCAAAAGUU